AUGGUGCUAAUAUCAAUAAAAAAAAAUAAAAAUGGAGAAACAGCACUUCAUAAAACAGCAUAUUAUAAUAGUAAAGAACUUGCUGAAUUUCUUAUUUCACAUGGUGCGAUUAUCAAUGAAAAAGAUAAAAAAGGAAGAACAGCACUUUAUAUUGCAGCAUUUAAUAAUAGUAAAGAAACUGCAGAAUUUCUUAUUUCACAUGGUGCAAAUAUCAAUGAAAAAAAUAAUAAUGGAGAAACCGCACUUGUAAACUGA